UUGGCGGCAGUCGGGUGACUCGAGCUCAUCUGGAGGAGCGGUUGAGCGUUGUUGUAGCGGGCGUGCGCGCGCGCGCAGGAAGGAGAGGUCGGGCAUUGGUGCAGCGCGCGUGCAUGCGCAGGAAGGAGCGGUCGGACAUUGCUGCUAGAGCUCCUCUAGUAUCUUUGACUGGUGCAGUGCGCGUGCACGCGCCGGGAGGAGCGUUAGUGCAGUGCACGCGCCGGCGGGGGGAUGAGGGGUUCGAGUUGCAGGUGGUAAAGCGAGGACGAUGCGGAAGCAGCAUGGUGCUUCCGCCGGCAGGUUACAGCAGAGCCGGCCAGAGUUCGAAAGCACCUUCCAGGAGCUCUAUAAAUCCUUACUUGGCAGCCAAGAAUAUGUGGCUGAAAAUGUUGCCCUGAAGGAGAAAUAUUGCGCUGGCCUCAUCGCACGCAAAGAUUUAAGCAAUUAUAGAGCUUCGCAGAAUUUCACCCAAAGCAGCAAAAAACCUCCUCAAGAAGUGGAACAUUCUAUUCCGAAGAAACAUAUAACCCUGAAGGACAGCAGCAGUAAUGUGCGAGUUGCGGGAACCUGCAGUGCCACAACUGAAACUGCAAAACUUUCUGCCAAAACGCCCAACAUAAAAUGUGACAUCUUUCCGUAUAAAGCAGAGACAAACACCGAGACUGGGUUCUCUCCUAAAAGGCAGCAAACUCUGCAGAUACAGGGCUCAAGCCCCACAAUUGGUGUUGAAGCAUUGCAUGAUGAUGAUUCCAUGUCAAUUCAAUCUGGGGAGGAUUACAGAGAAACAGUUACAUGUGAAACAUGCUCAGAGACGUUUUGGAAAGUGGUAAAUAAAAAAAAUAUUAGAAAAAGGCAACGUGAAUUGGACAAGAAACAGCCUCAUGAUCCUACUUCUUUAUCCUGUGACCAGUGGGUCUUAAAAAAACCUUUGUUGCCAAGAGGUAAUCUGCAUAAAUACAGAAGAGAGAUUGAAUCACCAGUAACAUAUCUGAAAUCAUUGGGAUGGCCUGCCCAGACGAGAGAUGCAAAGAAAUGGAUUCCCCAGUGUUCCAGGCCGCAUGUGUUUCUACACAGGAAUUUACGCUCUUGUAAGAGAAAAGUUGAUGAAUUUCUUCACGACAAUGGAAAGAGAGGACCUCGUAUAAAGGCGAGAAAGAGAUCCAGGAAGAAAAAUCUUUUUGUCUAUAAGCUUCCUGAAGCUCAUCCCUCCGCCAAUGUACUCUCAGGCAAUGAAGACUCCGAAUUUGAAAUGAAGAACUGCUCUGUAAAAAGGAAGUUAGCUUCUGCAGUCCUGAACCGAGAGGUUAGGUCCAAGAAAGAUGGCUGUGAUUUUUCAGAUGAUUCGAACACCUGUGAAAGUGGGUUUUGCAGCUCUGACAGCAGGUCCAUGCAAUGUGACAAUAGCACCUGUCCCAGGAAAGAUAAGUUUGCACUUGAUGUAUUCGGAUCUGAAACAACGUCUGCAUUUUCAACUUCAGCUGUAUUAUGCACUGAAAACCGAUUAUAUUCCCAAUUUGAGGAUCCAAAAUUAUGGCAGGAAACACCAGACAAAAAUUCCACAGAUCCUCUUUCCAGUUCUUUCAGUUGGUUAAAACCUGGGGGAUUUACAUAUAUGAUUGCUAAGUUAAAGGCUGGACAUCAAACCUUACCUGGCACUGUUGUUAAAGAGACAUGACCUGCCUGUUGAAACUUUCCUUAAAUAAUUCACUACAAAGUUGCUGUCUAUAUCUACAUUUAUUGCUAAUAAAUGUUUUUUGUAGUAUUUUAAUUUUUUGCCAAAUUUAAUUCAUUACCAUAAGCAGCAGUGAUUAAUGUAUACAGUUUAUUUAAAAUAAAUGCUAAACAAU